AUGUCGAGCCAUAAUUCAGUCAUCGUCUAUCCCAGCGUUCCUCCAACUGAAGAGGAUCCACGGGCUUGUAUCAAUGUCAUGAUCGACAUCUUCAACGCAGGCCUUUCAUCUCGCGCGGGCGGCAAGCUUGACAGAGGCUUGUACCAUGAGAUAUUCACGGCAUACAAGCUCGUCCAAGAUUAUAAGAUCAUGCAUGGUAGCCAGAUCUCCAGACCCCUCACUGAUUCGGAGAAGCGAGAGGGUCUGAAUGGCAGCUCGCAAAUGAUCACUGUUCCUUUGCAGGGCAACAAGUACCGAGAGCUAGACAUGGUCUACAACGAAGAUGGAACUACUUAUAUCGUCGAGGCCAAGAACACCAAGACCGUUGAUCACAGUCAGCUGCAGCCAAAUAUUCACCUGGCGCAACAAAUCCAAGGAGCUUUGGUGUAUGUGAUCGGUGAGAAGGAUGGCCAGGAACGAGCUCUCAAAGAGGCUUACAGAAAGCUCCAAGAUCAACACCAGUCUAGCGGUACUGUGAAUUUCCCUUCUCUACACGUCCUGCGAAUUCCAGACAAAGUCUCGAACAUCAUGUCGGAUAACAAGCCGAUGAGUCUUCUGUCGCUUUCGUCGACGUUCCAGGUUUCUCAAUUCAACAUUGCUGAAGUCACUGGGGAGUUUGAUCACGAGGAACGUGGGUUUUCGCUAUUUAGAUAA